UAUUAGAUAUAAAAACUUGAAAAAUGCAAACAUAAUGCGGUAAAUAAAAUUCCACUCCAAUUUAAAAUGUAACACAGUUGAGAAUGGAAGCGAGUUGGACAUCUCCAUGGGGCCCGAGAGAGAGACAGUGUUUCUUCCUCCUUCAAAGGAAAACCCACCGCAUGGCCACCCUCCUCCAAAUCCACGCCUUCAUGCUCCGCCACGCCCUCGAAACCAACCUCAACCUCGUCACCAUGUUCAUCACCAACCUCUCGUCAGCUGACCCGCGCAGCGGCACUCGCCAUGCGCGCCAACUGUUCGAUCAAAUGCCUCAACAGCCCGAUGUCCCCCUAUGCAACGCGAUGAUGAAGUCCCACCUCUCCUCCCGUCAGUUUUCCGAAGCCAUUCAUCUGUAUGGUUGUCUUAGGAGGGAAGAAGCCUUCGUACCUGACAAUUACACUUUUACGAUUCUCACUAAGUGUUGCAGAUUGAGUUCGUCGACGUGGGAAGGGAUGGAAGUGCACGCUCAUGUGUUGAGAUAUGGGUUUGACUCGAAUUUGUACGUGGCGAAUGCGUUGGUUGACAUGUAUGGGAAGAUGGGGCAGAUGGGUUUUGCUAGGAAAGUGUUUGAUGAAAUGACUGAGAGGAGUUCUGCGUCGUGGAAUGCGCUUAUGUCUGGGUAUAUCAGGGGUGGACUUAUGGGUGCUGCGGAAGGACUUCUCGAUGUGAUGGUUUCCAUGCCAGAGGCAGAGAAGGAUUUGUUGUCGUGGAAGUUGAUGAUUGAUGUGUUUGUGAAGUCGGGGAAGAUGGCCCCGGCUGAGAUGUUAUUUUAUUCCGCACCCGAGAAAGAUGUGGAGUUAUGGAAUACUUUGAUUGGCGGGUAUGUGAAUUUAGGGGAUAUGAGAUCGGCAAUGUUGUUGUUUGAUGCCAUGCUGGAGAAAAAUAAGGUGUCUUGGACCACCAUGAUAAAAGGGCAUGUGAAGUUAGGGCACAUGGAAUCGGCUAAGAUGGUUUUUGAUGCAAUGCCAGAAAAAGAUGUAGCAUCUUGGAAUACUUUGAUUGGAGGGUAUGUGAAGUUAGGUGAUACUGCAGCAGCCAAGAUUUUGUUUGAUGCGAUGCCGGAGAAAAAUGAGGUGUCUUGGAGUAUUAUGAUCAAUUCUUAUGUGAUGAUGGGAGACAUGAGAACAGCUAACAUGUUGUUUGAUGUGAUGCCGGAGAAAAAUGUAUUUGCUUGGAACAUUAUGAUCAAUGGCCACAUAAAGUUAGGGCAGAUGAAAACAGCUAAGAUGUUGUUUGAUUCCAUGCCGGAGAAAAAUGUGAUAUCAUGGAAUACUAUGAUAAAUGGGUAUGUGAAGUUAGGGGACAUGAGAUCUGCGAAGAUGUUGUUUGACGCCAUGCCAGAGAAAAGUAUUGUGUCUUGGACCACUAUGAUUGAUGGGUAUGUGAAGUUGGGGAGCAUGAGAUUGGCGAAGAUGUUGUUUGAUGCAAUGCCGGAGAAGAAUGUGGUUGUUUGGUCCACUAUGGUCAAUGGAUAUGUAAAUAUAGAGGAGAUGAGAUCGGCAAAGCUGUUGUUUGAUGCCAUGCCGGAGAAAAUUGUGGUUUCCUGGAAUACUUUGAUUGGUGGGUAUGUGAAGUUAGGUGAUAUAAAAUCGGCUAGGAUGUUGUUUGAUGCCAUGCCCAAGAAAGAUGUGGUCUCAUGGACCAGUAUGAUCAAUGGUUAUGUGAAGUCAAGGGAUAUGACAUUGGCGAAAAUGUUGUUUGAUGCGAUGCCAAAGAAAGAUGUGGUGUCUUGGAAUACUUUGAUUAAAGGGUAUGUGAUUUCAGGGGAUAUUGUGUCAGCCAAGAGGUUGUUUGAUACCAUGCCGGAGAAAAAUGUGGUGUCUUGGAAUACUUUGAUCGACGGGUAUGUGAAGCUAGAGAAUAUGCAAUUAGCCAAGAUGUUGUUCGAUGCCAUGCCAGACAAAGAUGUGGUAUCUUGGAAUACAAUGAUCAAGGGGUAUUUGAAUUUAGGGGAGAUGACAUCAGCCAAGAUGUUGUUCGAUGCCAUGCCAGAGAAAGAUGUGGUAUCUUGGAAUAUGUUGAUUGAUGGGUAUGUGCAGUGGGGGGAUAUGAGAUUAGCCAAGGUGAUGUUUGAUGCCAUGCCAGAGAAAGAUUUCGUGUCUUGGACAACUAUGGUUCACGGGUAUAGCAGCAUUGGUGACGUAGAUCAUGCUAGGCGGCUGUUUGAUAUGAUGCCCGACAGGGAAUUGCGUUCUUGGAAUGCAAUGAUUGGCGGAUAUUGUAAGAAGAAGCAGCACCAUAAAGCAUUGCUCUUGUUCCAGCAAUUCCUCGCGUGCAAAGGGCUUGAGCCCGACAGAAUCAUGGUUCUCGGUGUUCUUCCAGCUAUUGCAGAAUUGGGUGCUCUGGGUUUGGGGAGUCGGGUGUAUGAAUUCGUGAAGAAGAAGAAGUUAGACAGAUAUGCAGAAGUCUCCACAGCAGUGGUGGACAUGUAUGCUAACUGUGGGGAAAUUGAGAAAGCAAAGAAAGUUUUUCAUGAGGUUCGAGCAAGAGAUGCAUCUACAUGGACUGCUUUCAUCAACGGCUUGGCACUCAACGGGCGUGGCAAGGAGGCACUAGAAGUGUUUGUGGAUAUGAAGAGAAACGGGUUCAACCCGAAUGAGGCUACCUUUGACGGUAUCUUGUCAGCUUGCAGCUAUGCCGGUUUAGUAGAGGAAGGAAUAGGAUGGUUCAUUAAAAUGGGAGAGUUGGGACUCAACCCUAAACUAAAGCAUUACGGCUGCUUAGUUGAUCUCUUAGGUAGGGUUGGAUGUGCGGAGGAAGCUGAGAUAUUGGUCGAGAGCAUGCCUUACAAGGCGAACGAGGUCAUGCUGGCUUCAUUGCUGUUUGCUUGCGUUCAUGCCAAGGACGUUGCUAGGGCUGAGAACGUGGUAAGGAAGGCGACGAAUGUGGGACGAGGUAGAGAGGAGGUGGGGAGCAGAGGGGCCAAGAAUGAGAUGUGCUAUAGCGCAGUUGAGAUGAUGAAUAAGCAGAUUUUGGUGGUUGCUGGAGAUAAGAGCCAUCCAUAUUGGGAAGUAACACAUUUGCUGUUGAAUCAGUUGCAUAUGCACAUGAAGAUUGUAGACCAACUAAGUUUGUUUUUGGAAGUAAAUUAAGCUUCUUUUUUUUUUCCUAUUUUUUAUUAAAGAAAAUCAAUAAUAGUUCCCCAUUUCCUUCCA